AUGGCCACUGUUUCAUUCGAGCGACUCAAUGUCAGCGAUGCAGCCCUCCUUAUCCUCGACUUGCAAGUAGGCCUCUACCACCUCGCCCGAGACUUCGACCCGACAUUGUAUCGAAACAACAUGCUCGCGCACGCCGCACUCGAUCAACUCUUCGACAUCCCCGUGAUCAUGACCACCUCCGCCCAAACUGAUGAGCCUUGGCCAAACGGACCACUCCCCAAAGAGAUUCUCGAGAUGUACCCCACAGCACCGCUCAUCCAACGACAAGGCGAAGUCAACGCCUGGGACAAUGCCGACUUUCGCGCCGCAGUCCGCGCGACCGGGCGCAACCAGCUGAUCAUGGCGGGCAUCGUGACGGACGUAUGCACGGCGUGUCUGGCGCUGUCGCUGCGGGCCGAAGGGUACAGCGUGUGGGCAAACGUGGAGGCAUCAGGGACGACGACGCCGCUGAUCAGAGGCGUGUCGAAUGCGCGUAUGCAGGCCGCGGGCGUGCAGCUUGUGAGUCUGUUCAGUAUUGUGUGCGAUCUCAUGCGCGACUGGCGGAACCCUCCGGGUUCGGCGGGCGUGCUGUCGUUUUUGGAACGCUGGUAUCCUACUUAUGCGUAUUUGGCGAAGGCGCAUGGCACGGCGGCUGAGAAUGGGACGCUUGUUGCUGGUGAGGAGGUUUUGCUUGCGGAGAGUUGAGCUUUUGGUGGAGAUGACACUGAAUUUGUGAUUGGCUGGGUAGGGUGUGACUUCACUUGGCAGUGAUUUGAGACUCCUUGGCCUACUUGUCUUUUAUCGCGUCUGUUUCCAUGAUUCAGGAGAGCUUGCUUGAGGACCUAAGUAAAAGCUUCACGUUUUCGGUCGAAACACAUCUAACAACCGUUCACUGUAGCACAACAGUAAAAUCCAAG